GCGUCCAGUCUCCUAGCAACGACGCGAACCUUCAAGAAACCGUUCUCAUUCUUCCGGUCCUUUCAGUUUAAAGCCAGUAAAGUCACGCCACACACUUCUAACUCCAGAUCCUUCGCUCCGAUUUACUCCUGUCUUCCACCGCAGCCCCGACGAUUGGCUCUGGAACCAACCAACCCCUGUCCUCGCCCCCUCACUCAUCCAUCCUUAAGCGGUCGUCUAAACGUCUCUGCUCCUCUUUGGCCAUUGCCCUCAAGCUGCGGCUGUUUAUUUUAGGUCAUGCCGGGAGAUGAGGAGAAAGCUAAGAAUGCUACUCAGAAAACAAAGGAAGAAGGCGUCUACAUUACUGAGGCCCUCAUCACUAAGCGGAACUUGACCUUCCCUGAGGAUGACGACCUGUCAGAAAAGAUGUUUCAUACCCUUGAUGAACUGGAGACUGUCCGCCUGGAUCGGGAAGGGAUUACUUCUAUUGGGAAUUUGGAGAGCCUCCGGAAUAUCCAUAGCCUCUACCUGCAGUCGAAUAAGAUCCAGCGAAUCGAGAACUUGGCAUGCCUCACCUCCCUGCGCUUCCUGUCUCUGGCAGGAAACCGAAUUAGGCAGGUGGAAAACCUCCUUGACCUCCAGUACCUCCAGUUUCUGGACCUUUCUGAGAACCUGAUUGAAACGCUAACACUAGAUGAGCUCCCCCAGAGCCUUCUCAUUCUCAACCUGUGUGGAAACCCCUGCACCAACCAGGAUGGCUACAGGAAGAUGGUGAUAGGCGCCCUGCCACUGCUCUUGGACCUGGACAGGCAGCCUAUAUCAGAGCGCUGGACCUCAGAUGAGGAGAAGGAAUCAUCAGAUGAGGAAUUUCCAGAGCUGACUGGCCCCUUCCGCACAGAGCGAGGAUUCUUCAAGGACCUGGAGCAGGAACUGCACCAGCAUCAGGAACGCCGGCAGCAGGCAGUCCUGGCAGAGCACUUGUCAAGGAUGGAGACACGGCCUGUCCUCACAGAGCUGCCCCUGCGGCCUGCAGUGCCCAUGGCUGGGGACUGCAGCCCUGCUGUCACUACACAGCCUGAGGAGUCAGCCCCUAAGGACACCUCCCCAACCCAGACUGCCUCCUCUACCAAGAAACGGAUUCCCAGGAGCCGGAAAAGCUCUGUCCAAGCAAAGAAGGGGACUCCAGCAGCCACAGCUCCCAAGACCUCUCUAUCUGUAGCUUCUAGCAUCACAAAAACUACAACCAAAAGAAGCACAAAGUAACGGUCAGCCUCUGCACACUUGCCCUCCUUUUAAGGCCCUGCACCUGUGGCAGGACCCCCCUCCCCACAAUAAAGUGUCUCUGAGCUUGGAAUGCUUUUCAUGUCACA